GCAGGAAGUGGUGGCUGAGGUAGACGGGAUGGUGGAAAUGGUGGAAUGAAUUGGGACGAGAUCUGGUGCCGGGUGCAUGCGCAGCAAGGAGGAGCACAACGAUGGGGAAAGGUCAGUGGGAAACCCAGAUGGCGGCAGGGCCAGGUGCACUCGGAAACGGAGACGAAGGAGGAAGGAAUCGGGCGAGCGAAGCGGUAGCGGACGGGCAUGUCGGUGCUGUCAGGCGGACCAUUGUGUCGGGGCGCUGUCGGUUGAGGGAGAUUAGGGUCGAGUUCACCAGUUCCGUUGCCCUCAAGAGGCUGACGAAUAUCAAGUCUAUCAUAAAGCGGGGUACUCAGCACCGCAAUCCUGCCAUUGGGGCUCUAAACUCUCGCCAUCCUCCUACUUCCACCCGGGUUCUUAGCCCCACAUUUCUUCUCCCCCGAACUUCCUAUCCUAUCCGGUUUAAUGCCCUGGCCACCCUCCGGAAGAUUGGCAGCAGCCCAUGCCCUAGUGCCAUCUCGGUUCCUAGCAUGUGCCAUCCAAUCUCAGAGGGCGGAGUAUGGCGGUUUGAGGGUGUGGUCAGACCUCUGGAAGAGGGUUGCUACUGUGACUUGGAGGACCGUCAGAGGGUCGUCGCUCUGAGAUUUGGCUUCAAUAUGACCAUCUUAGUCGCGUAUAUGGCCGCCAUUGCGGGGCCCUCAGGCGCAUCAAGGUACAUCGAAGACGAAGCUGGAGCGAUGGCAUCACAGGUAAGCUCCCAGAUACAAGAGGUAUUUGGCACGAGGAGGUCAGCAAUGCCAUUGGAGAACAGGACUGGUCCAGAUGGAUUUGUCCAAGGGAUUGAUCUAGGAGGUGAGAGCGAAUGUGAACUCACACCUGUGUGGUUGAGGAGAUCGCCACCGCAUGAGAACAUACUGCGCACUGCAGAGGCCAAGUCAGCGACAGAAGAUCUGCUCCCUCAUGACCAUUGGUUUAAGGAUUCAAGGAGCAUGGCAGAGCAGUCAUCAGCUGCUGGAGAGCUUCUUGAACAAGUGGAACCCGGGCAGUGGAAAGUGAAAAAGCGCGAGGAGAAAUGGAGUUCAGCAACAAAGAUGGUGGAGCACAAGGAGGGGUUGUUGAGAAAAAUAAAUGCCGUCUGUGCUCCAGAAGGAGUGGAAUUGAGGGCCAGUAAGGGUGCAGCUAGUUGCACGUCUGUGGGUUGGGAUAUCCAUUCUGCAACGGACUUCUUGGGAAUUUCCUGGUCUCGUGAAAAUUAUCAGCACACUGGCUCCCCUGGGAUUGAGGCUGACAUGCUGGAGCACAUGGUACGGUUUGGGGAUGUCGUGGUUGCUUCCCGUGAUGCAACUGCCAUCAUCUCAUCGUCAUCCGGAGUGCAGGAAACCAUGUCAGUUAGCAGUUCGUCAUCGCCUGCAAAACCCGAGAAGAUGAGUGGGGUGGAGCACCCUGUAGACUUGCAAAGUGCACUUCGAUUAGCACAAUCACGAGCGCGCCACUCAGAAGAGGCAAUCGCUGCAGUGGAGCUGGCAUGCUUCCAAUUGAUGGAAGCAGCAAUCAGGAUUGAACAGGAGAGUUCACUAGAGCUGGCACAUGUGCAAGGGAUGCUUCCUUGCACGUGGGGAGGCAGCAUGGGUGCUUGUGAAGAAGUGGAAAAAAGGGAACAAUCAUCUGCUAAGCCUGCAGGUGAUUGGUGGAUGGAAGGGGCUUUCGGGACAAGGAGUGGUGCAGAAGAGGCAAGCAGUUGUUCUAGGGGAGGUGGAGGCUGGAAUGGGGGAGGGACGAGAAAUGUUGUGGGUGAUCAUGAUUUGCCCAGGUCCACAGCUGAAUGUUUACAUAGAAUGCUCAUGUAUGCCCAGAGAUUGAGAGAACAAUGUGCAGAGGCAACCUGCACCAUUCGUGUCCUCGAUGCUGUUAUAUUUCCAAAGUUACCAUUCCCGAUUCGUGCGAGAUGGAGGCGGAGAAAGAUGGGAGUGAGUGGCGCAGAAAGGCGGGGACUCUGGCAUUGUCAAAUGACAGAUGCGUUGGCAAACCGGGCGGGUCAGGGGGAGCUGACAGUGCAGCUAGGGGUUUCUACGAGUGCAGAAUGUUCUAGACAUCUUUCAGGCCACGUCAGCAGACUACGUCAGCAGGCCACGUCAGCAGACUACGUCAGCAGGACACGCCAGCAGACCAUGUCAGCAGGCCACGUCAGCAGGCCACGUCAGCAGGACACGUCAGCAGGCCACGCCAGCCGACAGAGCAGGAAAUACCACGUCAGCAGGUCCCCGGCCUGGUCUAUGCUGUUGCGGUCACAUACAGCCGUCAUGGACCAGAGGUCCGCAGAAGCAGACGAGGCCUAUCAGGCCCGGAUGCUGGCUUGGAGUACCGAAACAAAGAAACGGGCAGAUGACGCAGCAGCAGCAGCGAAGAAGAAGGCAGAGGAUGCCGAGCAGGCACGUCUGCUGGCACUUGAACAACAGCGCCAGCAUGACGAGGCAGCAGCAAGGGCUGCUGAUGAAGAAAGAAACCAACGUCGUGAGAAGAUAUUUAGCGGAGAGCAGACUUUGCUCACAAUGGCGGCGGCAUGGCGGACCGAGGCCGAGAAUGGCAAGUUGGAGGAUUGCGAAAACAAGAUCGCUCUCCUCCUCUCGCAUCUCACAGACCUCCUGGCAACCUGCAUUACACAGCAGGAGGAUAUCCACAGCCUCGACGACUCGCUAGCUCAAGUACAAGGUCGCCUUCAGCAGCUGGAGCAGCGACCUGUCGCCGCCCCCGAUGCAAGCUCUUCCAAUAUCUCCGAUCGCCUCAAAGCAUUGGAGAUGGACGUCGGCUCCCUCAAGGACGACGUGCAGUUACAGCAGACCGCAACGCAACAGUUGCAACAGCGGAUCUGUACUACCGCCAAUACCUCGAGUUCGGAACCGCGCGAGACAACUCCAAAGUUCGACGGGCAGGAGAUCUUCUGCGACUCAACGAAGACAAAUCCGGUUCCAUGGUUUCGCAAGUUCGAGCUCACGCUACAGCUACACAACGUCAAAGAACACAAGCACCACGCAUACUUGUACUCUCGCUCAGGGGGCGCGUGCCAGGCUUGGUUGGACAACCUCUUGUCCAAGUACGGAGUGGUAGCUAACGACUUGCACACCAAGAUCAGUUGGGAUGAUCUGAAGGCGGCGUGGCACAAGCGGUUCCAAGUCGAGCCGCCCGAGAUCAAGGCUAUGGACAAACUCAUGGUCUUCGAGCAAGGCACGCUGCCGAGUACCGACUGGAUCGCCGAGUACCAACGCUUGACGUCCGUCCCAGACAUCCAGAUGGGCUUCAAGGCCAUUCGCCACUACUUCAUCUCAAGGUCAUGUCCGACAUUAAGUAAUGUCCUGACUCACGUCGAGGACACCUUGACGACAACGGCGGAACUUUUUGACAAGGCCGCGCAGAUCAUCAUUAAGAACAAGGAGGCUAAGAACCUGCGUUCGUCUGCGGCAGGCCCGAGCAGGGACCAGCAUCGGCCAAGAGUGGCUGUGGUCGCGGCAGCAACGCCGUUUGACCAAACCUGCGAGGUUGUGUCUGCCAAUGAAGGGGACAAACUCGCAGCCGGCCGGGAAGCUCUAUGCGCUCAUCUCCACACUUACUUAUCCUUCUAUGCACCACCAACUUCGCCGACGGAUGACGAAGUCGUGGUGGGGGACAUCCUUGCGUAUACUACGAAGGUGGCCCGCGAGUUUCACACGCAGCGGUACGAUGACAACAACGCACCGCUCAUGUAUGUCCGCAUUCAAGUUGGGCAAGCGUCCUGCAGCGCUUUGCUGGAUAGCGGCGCGUCUCGCAAUUUCAUGAGCCAAUCCUUUAUGCAAAGGGCUGGCCUUGGCGCACAAGUUCGGAGGAAGGCAAACCCGACGGCGAUCAAGUUGGCGGAUGGGAAAACGCAACAACUUCUCGAUCGAUACAUCGAGGCCGUACCGGUUUAUUUCGCACCUCAUGCAUGCGAACCGGUGACAUUCGAUAUUCUCGACACGGACUUCGGCAUCAUUCUGGGAAUGUCUUGGCUUGCAAGUGCGGAUCACACGGUCAACUUCCACCGGCGGACUCUUAGCGUUCGCGACGCCUUCGGCGCGGAAGUGGCGUGUACUAUUCCUCUACCGCACCCUUCGAUUCGGUGCCAAGUGGUGACGGCCAAAUUAUUCCGGGCGACUUGCGCUUACGAGCAGCCCGAGGAGAUCGACCUAUGUUUCCUACGGAUCGUCGCGGUAGUCGACGCUUCACCCACGGACUUGUCUUCGGAACCCCGAGUGGUGCGGCUGCUGGACGAGUUCGCCGACAUCUUCGAGUCACCUACCGGUGUGGUGCCGGAUCGGCCGAUCUCUCACGAGAUCAUUCUUGAGGCCGGUGCCGUGCCGCCGAAAGGUUGCAUCUAUCGGAUGAGUGAGGAGGAGCUUGAGGUCCUCCACGCACAACUCGACAAUUUGUUGGCGAAGGGUUGGAUCCGCCCUAGUAGCUCCCCAUAUGGAGCACCAGUUCUCUUCGUCCGGAAGAAGAACAAGGAUCUACGAUUGUGUAUCGACUACCGCAAGCUCAACGCGCAAACCGUCAAGAAUGCGGGGCCUCUUCCUCGCAUCGACGAUCGGCGCAAAGUCUACUUAGACGAUAUUCUCGUCUAUAGCCGGUCAUUGGAGGAUCAUCUUGGGCAUCUUCGACGAGUGUUGGAGACGCUCCGCCACGCCAAGUACAAGGCCAACCGCGACAAGUGCGAAUUUGUCCGGCAAGAGCUGGAAUGCUUGGGCCAUUUUGUCACACCGGAGGGCAUCAAUCCGCUAUCGGACAAGAUUCAGGCCAUCCAACAGUGGCCGGAGCCUCGGAACGUCACGGAUGUCCGCUCGUUUCUUGGUCUUGCCGGCUACUAUCAGCAUUUCAUCAAAGGCUACUCGAAGAUCGCGGCCCACUUGACCAAGCUUCAAUGCGAGGAUCGACCGUUUGACUUCGGAGAGGAGGCGUGGGAUUCAUUUUUUGCUCUCAAAGCCGCGCUAUUGUCUGCGGAGGUCUUGUGGAUAUACAACCCGCUUUUGCCUACGCGCGUCACUACGGAUGCGUUAGGCUAUGGCAUUGGUGCAGUCCUCGAGCAACAUGAUGGUGUGGACUGGCACCCGGUCGAAUAUUUCAGCAAGAAAGUGUCAAUCGUGCAUUCCAUUGACGAUGCACGUAAGAAGGAGCUCCUCGCCUUCGUCCACGCGCUCAAGCGGUGGCGACACUUCCUCCUUGAUCGAAGCCAAUUUCGAUGGGUAACGGACAACAAUCCGUUGGUCUUCUACAAGACCCAAGACACCGUCAACAGUACCAUUGCUCGAUGGAUGGCUUUCAUCGACCAGUUCGACUUCUUUCCCGAUCCCGGGAAGUCGAACCGUUUUGCGGAUGCUCUUUCACGGCCCGACCCCGAGUCUCGCGACAAGUACGCGAAUUGCUCCUCUCCUAAUCCGGCGCCAUCUCACUACCGGAUCCAAGAGGGGUACUUGCUUGUCCACACGCGGSGGAAGGACCUUCUUUGUGUACCGAGUGAUCCUCACUUGCGUACACGGCUUCUUGGCGAGUUCCACGAUGCUCCCGCCACCGGACACUUUGGAGUCAAUCGCACGAUUGGCCGACCUCGCGAGCGAUUUUGGUGGCCCGGCCUUCUCAGCGAUGUCACGCGCUAUUGCGAGUCAUGCGAGGUCUGCCGACGCUGCAAAUCCCGCAACCAUCGUCCGUACGGCGAGUUACGACCAUUACCGGUGCCGUUGAGGCGAAGGGAAACGAUUGCCAUGGACAUUACUGACCCAUUCCCCAAGCACAAGACCGGAGUGGAUGGGAUUCUUACGGUGGUCGACCGACUCACUAAGUUCGCCAUGUUUUUGCCUUGUCGCUAUCAUGCCAAGGCACCGGAGUUGGCCGAGGUUCUCUACGCCGGUUGGAUUCAAACCAAGGGUUACCCCGAGGAGAUCGUCUGCGACCGCGACACUCGGUUCGUGUCCGAUUUUUGGUUGGCGCUCAUCAAGCGAUGGGGCUCAUCUCUCAAGCCUAGUUCAGCUCGCCACCCUCAGACCGAUGGCCAGACGGAGAGGGCGCAUCAGACCGCACAGGUUCUCCGUCGCACUCUCAUCCGCCCCGACCAGAAGGACUGGGUUGAGCGGCUGCCGGAUGUCGAGUUGGCCUACAACUCCUCUAUCCACCCGGCUAUCGGGAUGUCGCCCUUUGAGUUCGAGCACGGCUCGCCGGUCACUUCGCCGUUGGACAUUAUCACUCCACGAACGGUCGAGAGCGACGGCCAUCUUCUUUUCUUGCGUCGGAUGCAAGAGCUUCUUGUCAAGGCACGCGACCAGAUGGCUAAGACGCAGCAGCGCAUGAGCCAGCAGGCCAAUCGCCAGCGUCUUCCUUGCCCAUUCCGCGCCGGCGACCUCGUGUGGGUUUCCGCAGCGGAAUUCAGCCUUGAACAAGACAUCUCUCGCAAGCUCCUCCCGAAAUGGAUGGGGCCUUGGCCGAUCGUGGCACCCGCUGGGGACNACAAGACAUCUCUCGCAAGCUCCUCCCGAAAUGGAUGGGGCCUUGGCCGAUCGUGGCACCCGCUGGGGACGCACCUGAGGGACCUUCCUUCACGAUUCAGGUGCCCGGCCACUUGCCCGUCUACCCAGUCUUUCAUUGCUCCAAGUUGGCUCUUUACACGCCAGCGGAACAUGACGAUUUUCCCGGGAGAUGUUCGCAAGACCCACCCUCCAUGGAUGGUUUUCAGGAGGUCGGCGACAUCAUCUCCCAGCGACGCUACGGCAACAGGGCAACCGAAUCACCAGCAUGGAUGGGACAUGGCACGCGACGCCUGUUGGCUUGCUGUUGCAUCCGGACUUGAGCGCGGGCUUGAGCCAGCAAUUCCUUGUACUUCCGGACGGAAGCGGGAGAGCAAGCGGCGUCGAUGUCGGCUGGUCGUGGGAGGAGAAGAUCGGCGAAGAUACGGACUUUCCGUCCACCGUGGUGCAACUCGAAUGGGGUCACAUCGAUCGCCGGUGCACCGAAGUGUUGUAGGCGAACUCGAUGUCGUGGAGGCGGUCAACCCAAUAUUUCUGAUCCGGACGGAUGAGCGUACGAAGCAUCAUUUGAGCGGUUUGAUGUGCCCGCUCCGUUUGCCCGUCCGUCUGUGGAUGCCGAGCCGAACUUGGUUUCAUCUUCGUGUCGGACCCCUGCAUCAGCGCAGUCCAAAAUGUCGACAUGAAGCGAGUGUCGCGGUCGCUGACUAUGUCUUGCGGUACACCGUGGCCGCAAAUCCAGCCGGUGUGCAAGAGGCGUGCCAGCUCGGGAGCCGUGGAGUAGUACUUGCAAGGGAGAAAACGCGUGUACUUACUCAAACUAUCCACGACCGUGAGGAUGCCGUCGUGCCCGAGCCGGUCGCGGGGGAACGGACCGGUGACGUCGAUGGCAAUGGAGAGACCGGGUUCCUGUGGGAUGGGCAUCGAGCACAACUCGCCAUAGGGAUUGCGGUUGCGGGGCUUGCUUCAUCGGCAAACUUCGUAAGAGUCGCAAUACCGAGUGACAUCGGUAAUGAGGUCGGGCCAUCGGAAUCGUUGUCGAAGUCGUGUAAUAGCGCGAUUGACUCCGAAAUGGCCGGCGAGUCGCGAGUCAUGGUACUCCUCGAGAAGGCGAGUCCGAAGACGACGGUCUCGUGGGACACACAAUAAGUCCUUGCCUCUCGAGUGGACGAGCAAGUACCCAUCGGCAAUG